GGUCGCUAAUCUUGACGCGCAUGCGCAUAAUCGCAGUAUUUUGGGCGCGGCGGAAUGUUGUCCUUCGAAGGAGUUUAAAUAAAGAGCCGGAUCAUUUGAAUUUAAAGGUACAAGAUGGAGCUCCCAAACUACAGCCGACAGCUCAUGCAGCAACUGCAUGCUUUACGAAAAGAGAAGCAGUUUUGCGACUGCUCCAUCCUGGUGGGUGAGACCCUGCACCCCGCUCACAAACUAGUGCUGGCGGCCUCCAGUAUGUUAUUUAAGUCUGUUCUGGAAGGUUCUGACAGCAUCUCGAUCGACACAGAUCUACUGUCCUCUCAAGAGUUUUCUUCUCUUCUGGACAUGGUGUACACUGGUAAACUGCCUCCCGGUAAACACAACUUCACCCGUCUCAUCGCCGCUGCAGACAGCUUGCAGAUGUUUGAUGUGGCCGUUGGUUGUAAGAACAUUCUCAAUGACCUCAUGAAGCAGACUUCUGUGGAAACUGAGUUGAUGGACCCUCAAGUUGUAAAACGUGACUGUGUUAAGGAGUCAUCUGAAUCGGAACAGGUUAAUAGGGACAAGAAUAGUUCUGAAGAGGACAGUGCAGUUGAGUUGAUCUCUCAAAAUCAAGCUGGUAUCACAAAACUCCUACAGAAUGGACGGUCAUAUGUUAAGGUUCUUGAGAUCUGGGAUACAGUCUCCACAGAAGAGCGCCAGGUCAUAUUGGAGAGCUUCAGAGGAGAGCCAUCAGCAGAUGAGGUUUACCAGCGGCUGCUAAAUUUUGUGAAAGUUGAGAAAGUUCUGUCAGCUCAAACAGUCCUUACUUUGUUAGAACAGCUCAAAAGUUUAAAUCCUGACCCAGGAUCACUUUUGGAGGAGCAGGGAAAUGAGAGCUGUCCCGAGCCAAAAGAUUCUGCAGCAGGUGUUCGGUGGUCUGGUGGGCUUUUAGACCAUUUAUCAGAACUAUCUCAUCACCUCUCUAGUGUCAACAACCUCUCAGGGCUUUUGACCAAUGCAGUGAACAGAUGUAUAAAUGAAGUGGAAAAAGAGGUAGUUCUGCAGUGCUGUUCUGCUCCAUCCUCUGUGGAGGUGGUGGAAAGGUUGUUAUGUAAACUCCGAGAGAUGACCAUAAGUGAAGAAACGUUUCUGAUGCUGCUGCAUGAGGUGAAGGAAAGCUCCUCAGAUCUGCUUCAGCUUCUGGAGGCCCUGAAAGGCACAAGGGAUAAAACAACAGAAGACAGCAGUGGGAUGGAUUUGUUGAGAAUAUAUCAGAACAGACUCAUAGAGCUGAAUCUGAACCUCCAGCUCAUCAAACAGAGCCUUAAAAUGGGUCCAGAUAUGAAUGCAAACGAGAAAGAGCGUAUUGAAGCUCUACUGGCAGAGACAGGAGAUGCUGAGGUGGUUGGAAGGCUGAUAUCUGCAGCAUUGGACGGUUCACUGCAGGCGGUGACUGUUUGGAGGCUUCUGCUGUGGACAGAGACACGCAGUCCAGAGCUGCGGCUUCUCAUGCAGGAGGUCAAGGAGAAACCAAACGCUCAAAAACUUCUGCAAACCAGUAAAUACAUAGAUGUGCUCUUCAAGCACAAAUCACUCAUUCUGGAAACAAUCAGUGACAUUACCCUGCUCGAACAAGGUUUGGAUGCAAUGGCUCAUGGGACAGAGCAAGUUUCUGAGUUUCUCCAGAGCUGUCGGAGAGCCGAUGGUGAGCUGGAGUCAGUUCAACAGACUGUGGAGAGAGUUUUGAGUCGUGACUCAGAGUUUGCCAGUUCACUUUGCCAGCUGCUGUCUGCCAACAAGCAGAACUUCCCACAGCUGAAAGACCUCAAACAUACUGGUGGGCCUCUGUCGGAUUCUGACUGUCCUGCAAAAUCUGAGGUUGAGGAAGAUGGAUCUACCGGCGCAGACUCUGAGGAUGAUGAUGGAGAAGAUUCCAAAACAAAAGGCAGAAGAAAGGCUGUUCCUGUGUUCUACAGCUGCGAGUGGUGUAAUAAGACGUUUGACUUUAAGUGCCGUCUGAUAAAGCAUAAGAAAGGCUGUGCCCUCGCGCCGGGGAAGGAGCAGCGCUGCUCAGAGUGUUCAAAGGCGUUUCCGACACUCAAGAGCCUUCACCAGCACUGCAUGGAAGUCCAUGGCGGCCCUCCGGCUAAGAAGAAGAAAACAGAACUAGUACCAUGUGACAUGUGCGACAAGACUUUCAAACACUCUUCAGGCCUUUUGUAUCAUAAACGCACGGAACAUUUCGAGGAGAGGCCAUACGCGUGCGAGGAGUGCGGGGCGAAGUUUGCUGCCACCUCGUCUCUGAAGAACCACAUGCGUCUACACAUGGGAGAAAAACCCUUCCACUGCAAACACUGUGACAUGAGCUUUUCUGUGGCCGCCGCUCUCUCCUACCACACCAAGAAGAAGCAUGCUGAGGGUAAAAUGUACUGCUGUCAGUACUGCUCGGCCACAUUCGCGCAGUCCAUUGAACUGACGCGCCACGUCCGCACGCACACGGGAGACAAACCGUAUGUCUGCAGGGAAUGCGGCAAAGGCUUCAAACAAGCCAAUGGGCUGUCCGUCCAUCUGCAGAACUUUCAUAACAUUACAGAACCACUUGACUGCCAGAAGUGCCGGGUGAGUUUCUCUUCUCUGGACGAACUCCGACAGCACAUCCAGGAGGUGCAUCCGAAAGAGCUGCACCAAUGUCCCGAGUGCAGCAAGAUCUUCAACAGCGAAGCCAAUCUGGAGAAACACAUGAACAUCCAUAACGGCAACAAACCUUACAGCUGCAAGACGUGUAAAAAGUCCUAUCAGACGCUCUCUGGUCUGUGGUACCACAAUCGUACGGCUCACCUUGAGAGCGCCUCUGCCCAGGGCAGCAAAGCCAUUAAAUCUCUGCUUCAGUGUGACAAGUGUGACAAGACAUUCAGCAACCAAAAUAGUCUGCUAAAACACCAGAUAACCAAUCACACAGAAGUGCGCUUGUGGAAGUGUGUGAACUGUGACAGAACUCUGACGAGCGAGCAGGAGCUGCAGCAGCACGUGUGCAGCGGUCAGUCGAGUCAGACCGGCUCUGUGUUCAGCUGUAUGGUCUGCUCUCUCCACUUCCCCUCUGAGCCCGAGUUCCAGCAGCACUUCCUGUCCAAACAUCUGCAGGUCAUGCAAGAGGAAGCACAGACGCAGGCCCCCAGUGCUCAAACGGUGAUUCGGUGUGAGGAUGCAGCCGGUCAAGAGCCGGAGCAGGUGAUUAGCCUCGACCAGUCCCGGAUUGUAGGGUCACCGCAGGUGUUUGUGGCUCUGGGUGAUCAGCAGGAAACUGCCAGCGGCUCUGGAAUCGUGACCGUCAGCAUGGAGGAUCUACUGAACGGCACGGUCACACUCAUCUGUGAAGAGGGCCAGUGAACUCUAGGCCACACGCGGCUUUAUGAUCAUGACAUUUCUGAGGAGUGCUGAGGUUUCUUUUUACACUGGAUUACACAUGUUACCAAAGGCCUUCAGACCAUGUCAUUUUACCAGUCAUGAUACAAUUUUUUUUGUACAAAAAUGAAUAUGAUCUUUAAUGAACGCAGGCUUCAGUCUCUGGGUCACUUGAUUGGUUUUCAGGCUAAGCAUACACAGGCAUACAAAAUCCAUGUUAAAAAUAGCUCAAGAUGACGUCAGUCACUUCAGUGCAGUCUGAAACUUUUUUUGAUUGGAUUUCAUUAUGAACGAUUUAUUAAAAUUGUUCUGACACAGGCACAAAUGGAUUUUAAAUGAGAAAAGUCAUUUGAAUUUGUUUCUAACACAUCUACCUCCGAUCAAGCAUCAUGUACAGAGAUGAUUUUUGGUUCUGAUGGACAUUGAUAAAUGAGACUUUGGACUGUGUUAAAAUGAUUGUUUUUCUGCUAAAAAUAACUUCUGUAAAAUAUUUUGUGACCAACACGACUACUGUUUAGCGUUUCAUUUCUGCAAUCUGAUGAAUGCAAUUUUAAGAUAAGAAGUUUGUCUGAGAAAAAAUAAACUUUGUAUAA